ACCUUCCGGUCUUCAUCAGAGCAUUACUUUUUUUUAACGAAGAUCCCUCCAUCGAGAUUUCCUUUUUAGUUUAUUAAAUAAAAAUUAUUUAAAAAUUAUUUUAACUUAGUGUUUUAUAGAAUUGUUAUCAUACUGUUGCGCAGGAAGUUAAGCCAUGUUUCAAACUCAUUAUCAAAUUUGGAGAAAUAAAUAUGGACCUCAGUCAGCCACUACAAGACAAGAGACUGAAAUGAUGAAUAAAUCCCAAAGAAGCGUACAUGCAGCCACGGAUUCUGUCGAAAAAUUGCGUCUGCUCUGCCUAUCUAGGGGUGCCAAUGGAAUCCUUGGUUUGGGGAGAGUAUUCCGGUCCAUGGAUGAUGAUGGGAACAAACAAUUAAGUUUGGAGGAAUUUACAACAGGAAUUCGAGAUACUGGUCUGGAUUUAUCUGAUGACGAGAUAGUAGAUCUCUUCAAAAAAUUCGAUGCUGAUGAAAGUGGGGGAAUCAGUGUUGACGAAUUUAUUUCCGCCAUCAGACCACCUAUGAACGACUGCCGUAAAAAAGUAGUUCAGCAAGCAUUUGAAAAAAUGGACAAAACUGGAGAUGGAGAAAUCACAACGGACGAUUUACGUGGUGUCUACAAUGUCAAAAAUCAUCCCCGAUAUAUCAGUGGUGAAGAGUCCGAAGAAGAAAUUUUGAAUAAAUUUCUAGGAAAUUUUGAAAAGGAUUCGACUAAAGACGGAAUCGUCACACAAGAAGAAUUUAUUAAUUACUACAGUGCUAUCAGUGCAAGCAUCGAUAACGACGGUUAUUUUGAUUUAAUGAUACGCAAUGCUUAUAAACUGUAAUUGAAAAAUGAUUCUAUUCAUCAGAAUCAACGUGCUAAUCGUUCUAUUCUCCUAAAUACUUAGAAAUUGUAUGAAACUUAAUUUAAAUUUAAUAUGCACACACGCAUUCAAAUGAAUUACACGUAUGAUGUAUCUAUACAGUUUUACGAAUUGUAUUCCAAUCUUUAUUAUUAAUUUUAAGCUAAUAAUUUUAAAAUUAGAUUACAAAAAUUUAACUCGCUAUUAUAUAAUUUCAUCGGCCUAUUAUAAUGUUAGUAAAAUUAUACAUUUAUAUCUAUAUACUAUUCAUAUUUCAAAAUGAAAUAAACUAUUGUUUUUUUAAGGUUCCAAGUCCACUAAUUUUUAAUGUAAUUCUCGAUUUUAUAAUACAGGGU